AUGAAUAUUAACGCAGAAAUGAAGCAUGUUAUCCAUGUAGCUUCCUUCUUCUGUUGGCUUGUACUGUUCGAAGUCAUAUGUGGUACCAUACCUCUUUUUUCACAAACCCGAAGCAGAUAUAUCUCAACUGCAUCGCUUAUUGACAGGUACGGGUAUUUUGGUACACUUAUUCUUUAUAUCAUACGUGUUGCAUCGCUACUAGUUUUACCUCAGUGCAUAUUUAACAUGCUUGGUUUGGUGCUAUUCAAUGGCUUCCGGGAAAAGGUCAGAUUGAAGGCUGCACCGUUGCUAGCUCCACUGGUUUGUUUUCGAGUCGUAACUCGCGGUGACUACCCUGAACUUGUAAAGCAAAAUGUAAAUUACAAUAUGACGAAAUGUCGGGAAGUCGGAAUGGAGAAUUUUUUUUUUGAAGUGGUGACGGAUAAGGCGAUCUGUUUGCCAGGCAAACCCCGUCUUCGGGAAGUUAUUGUUCCAAGCGCUUAUAGAACAAAAAGUGGAGCUCAAUUCAAGUCACGCGCCUUGCAGUACUGUUUGGAAGACGGUGUCAAUAUCCUUCAAGAUGAUAACUGGAUUGUACAUCUUGAUGAAGAAACUUUAUUAACGAAUAAUUCUAUCUGUGGCAUAUUAAACUUCUGUGAGGAUGGAAAACAUCAGUUUGGUCAAGGAGUAAUUACUUAUGCAAAUGGUGAUAUAGUUAAUUGGAUUACAACUUUAUCAGAUUCCUUCCGCGUAGCAGAUGAUAUGGGCAAAUUACGCUUUCAGUUCAGAUUCUUCCAUAAACCACUUUUCGGUUGGAAAGGUUCAUUCGUCGUCACCCAGGUUGGAGCUGAACGCAGUGUAUCAUUUGAUCAUGGCCGUGAAGGUUCAAUAGCCGAAGAUUGUUUUUUUAGUAUGAUUGCAUUCAGAGAUGGAUAUACAUUUGAUUUUAUUGAAGGCGAAAUGCUUGAAAAAAGUCCUUUUACUUUUUGGGACUUUUUACAACAACGAAAGCGAUGGCUCCAAGGUAUCUUUUUGACAGUACAUGCUAAACAAAUCCCAACGAGGAAUAAAAUAUUAUUAGGAUUGUCUUUCUAUGCAUGGGCAUCGAUGCCAGUAACCACUAUGCAAAUGUAUCUCUUUCAUGCAUUUCCACUUCCGCCUUGCUUUAUAUUUGAUUUUUUGGUUGCAUUUGUUGCGGCCGUUAAUCUCUACAUGUACAUUUAUGGUGUACUCAAGAGCUUUUCUCACAAAUACAGGCAUAGUCCAGGUCGAUUGUGCUUGUAUAUGGUUGGUGCGCUACUAACGAUACCAUUUAAUAUAUGUAUAGAGAAUAUAGCAGUAAUAUGGGGAAUGCUUGGAAACAAGAAUGGCUUCUAUGUUGUGAAAAAGGAUGAAAGAAUGAUUUCAGUGUUGUGA